AUGCUCCAGACACCUUCUUCUUCGUCUUCUUCUUUGAACACAGAUGGUUGCUUUUUGUGGAUGGAUCCGUGUAGAAGCCACCUGGGUCCUAUUGUAUCUGCCAAAGAUUAUGGUGGUGCUCGGGCAACUCGUCCUACCUUGGAGAGGAAAUAUUCAAUCAUUUCUGAUAGUUACAAAUCCCUAGAGGAGGUGACUGAAGCUCUUGCACGUGCUGGUCUUGAGUCUUCCAAUCUUAUCGUCGGUAUUGAUUUCACAAAGAGCAAUGAGUGGACAGGAUCGAAGUCAUUCAACAGAAAAAGCUUGCAUCACAUUGGGAAUGGUCAAAAUCCCUAUGAGCAUGCCAUAUCCAUUAUUGGAAAAACCUUGGCUGUUUUUGACGAGGAUAACCUCAUUCCCUGUUUCGGCUUUGGAGACGCGUCAACCCAUGAUCAAGAUGUCUUUAGUUUCUACUAUGAUAGAUAUUGCAAUGGAUUUGAGGAAGUGUUGACUCGCUACAGGGAAAUUGUUCCUCAUCUACGGCUUGCAGGACCAACUUCAUUUGCACCUGUGAUUGAACAGGCCAUGACUAUUGUCGAGGAGAGUGGUGGCCAGUACCAUGUCCUGUUGAUAAUUGCAGAUGGCCAGGUAACUAGAAGUGUAGAUACUGACCGUGGCAAGCUGAGUCCACAGGAGCAGAAGACAGUUGACGCCAUUGUUGCAGCAAGCAAGUUCCCUCUAUCAAUUGUACUAGUUGGUGUCGGAGAUGGGCCCUGGGACAUGAUGAAGGAGUUUGAUGACAAUAUUCCUGCUCGGGCAUUUGAUAAUUUCCAAGUAAGGUUUUGUGAAUUUACAGAAAUUAUGUCAAAGAACAUGCCACCAUCAAGAAAAGAGACCGAAUUUGCUCUAGCAGCCUUGAUGGAAAUUCCUUCACAGUACAAAGCAACAAUAGAGCUUAAUAUAUUGGGUGGUAGGAUCGGCGCCUCUCCCCAGAGGGUUCCUCUCCCCCCACCAUCUGUGUUACCAGCGUCAUCUUUCAGCAGCUCAAAACCUUCCCGUUCUACGAGUUAUAGUUCUCCAUCUUUCAACAGCUCAAAACCUUCCCAAUCUACCAGUUUUGAGCCAAGUGUUCCUCCUUAUUAUGGAGAUAGCACUUCUGUUGGUACAGCUCCACCUGCUCCCAGUUCUACAUAUGAUAAUCAGGUUUGCCCCAUUUGCCUUACGAAUCCAAAAGACAUGGCCUUUGGGUGUGGGCAUCAGACAUGUUGCGAAUGUGGACAGGACCUUCAAUCGUGCCCGAUAUGCCGAAGCGCAAUCCAGACGAGAAUAAAACUCUAUUAA